CCUCUUCCUUUGCCUCUUCCCGUCACCGCUGCGCCUGCGCGGCCGGAACCUUCGCGAAGGUUCCCGAGGCGGAGCUGGCCGUUCCCGGAAGCCGGCAGCUUGCGCGCCCGCAGGCCCGGGUCGCGCGCCGGGGGUUGCAGAGGCAGCGAGUGGCGGUUCCGGCGUCCGGGAAGGAGAAUGGCCCUGCUGUGCUACAACCGGGGCUGCGGCCAGCGCUUCGACCCCGAGACCAACUCCGACGAUGCUUGCACAUACCACCCAGGCGUUCCAGUCUUUCAUGAUGCAUUAAAGGGUUGGUCUUGCUGUAAGAGAAGAACAACUGAUUUUUCUGACUUUUUAAGUAUCGUAGGCUGUACGAAAGGAAGGCAUAACAGUGAGAAGCCACCUGAGCCAGUCAAACCUGAAGUCAAGACUACUGAGAAGAAAGAAUUAUCUGAAUUGAAACCCAAAUUUCAGGAGCACAUCAUUCAGGCCCCUAAACCAGUAGAAGCAAUAAAAAGGCCAAGCCCGGAUGAACCAAUGACAAAUUUGGAAUUAAAGAUAUCUGCCUCCCUAAAACAAGCACUUGAUAAACUUAAACUGUCAUCGGGGAAUGAAGAAAAUAAGAAAGAAGAAGACAGUGAUGAAAUUAAGAUUGGAACCUCAUGUAAAAAUGGAGGGUGUUCAAAGACAUACCAGGGUCCACAGAGUCUAGAAGAAGUCUGUGUAUAUCAUUCUGGAGUACCUAUUUUCCACGAAGGGAUGAAAUACUGGAGCUGUUGUAGAAGAAAAACUUCUGAUUUUAAUACAUUCUUAGCCCAAGAGGGCUGUACAACAGGGAAACACAUGUGGACUAAAAAGGAUGCUGGGAAAAAGGUUGUUCCGUGUAGACAUGACUGGCAUCAGACUGGGGGUGAAGUCACCAUUUCAGUAUAUGCGAAAAAUUCACUUCCAGAGCUCAGCCAAGUGGUAGCAAAUAGCACAUUGUUGAAUGUACACAUUGUAUUUGAAGGAGAGAAGGAGUUUCAUCACAAUGUGAAAUUAUGGGGUGUGAUUGAUGUAAAGCGAAGCUACGUAACUAUGACUGCAACAAAGAUUGAGAUCACCAUGAGAAAAGCUGAACCUAUGCAGUGGGCAAGCCUUGAACUGCCUGCAGCCAAAACCGAGGAAAAACAAAAGAAAGAGACGACAGAAUGAGUUGGGAAGGGAAGCAAAUAUUACUGGCUGUUUCAGAAUUCUUACUAUGUGGUCAAGUGGUGGCUUGCUGCUGUACUCUUGUUUUCUUGUUGUUGUUGAAUCUGGCAUUUCAGGGUCUGCAGUAGGUUAAAGCCAAAGUUGGUUUAUCUUUUUGUGCCUCCCAUAUCGCUUUUGAGUUACCUAAAUUAAUUAUUCAUUUCUCUUCACUAAUAGAACUGUAGUUGUGUCCUAUACUUAGCGAUCUAAGGGUGAACAGACUCUUAAAGAGCUCUUGCCAAUAUCUUAAGAUGACUGGGUUAUUGCUCUACCGCCCCUUGCUUUGGGAAAAAAAAUCAUUACCCAGAUUGAAAAUUACGUUAUACAUACACCUGUAAUAAAUAAAUUAACAGAAAAUCUUGAAAGUGAAAAUUCCCUGGUGGUCCAGUGGUUUGGGCUCUGUGUUUCUACUGCAGGGGACGGGUAUGGAGUAAAGAAAAAAAGGAUUAAAAGCUCACUUUAUGAGGUCCGUAACCUUUCUUUUUCUUUGAAGAAAAACCUUUGAAGAAGCUAGAAAAUAGCUCAUAACAGUUACAGUAUUUCUUAGCAUAAUAUUACAUUAAUCAGAGAAAUGUAAAGAAAAAUUUGUUUUUACAUCUCUUUCUUUUAUCCUAUAAUUAAUCACUAAAACAAGAUGGAAUGUCAAAUUUUUAAUUAGCUUUUUCAUGAAUUUGUGUUCCUAUGAUACUUGAAAAUCUUUAGGGAAGAGAUGAAGCUCUGCAUUGCUUUUCCACUCAAUAACAUUUUGUAGGGGGAUUAACUCAACAGUGUAGUACUUAAGUAGUAGCAAGGAAAUACAAACAUUGAUUAACAAAUCAGAAUUCAUUUACAACUAAUUGGAUUAAAAAUUACAUCAGUACCUGUAUACUUGCCAAGCAGUGUGAUCUAAGAGUAUAGGAAACAUAAAUAAUUAAAAGGUAUCAAUUUGAUUAAAAUUCACCAUUUUAUAAGACUAAACAGUAGUGUUAAACAUCUCUUUCCUAAUUAUUCAUAAGGUCUUUGUAUGGUGUUAUGACUGAAUUGUACCUAACUUACAGUCUGUGCCCUCUUAGAAUCUUUUAUAAGUUAUAAAGAUAAAUUAUAUAUAUUAUCUGGCUUCCCUGGUGGAAAACUGUCUGUAAAAUUGCAGGCUAAAAGACUUUUGGAAACACAUGAGGGUAUCAGAAAAGUAAGUACUUACACUUUGCUUUAUGACAGCUAUUACAUGUGAAAUAAACAAAACAGCUUAUUUUGAAGGUUUUUUUUUUUUUUUAAGUUUUCACAAACAGCUUGAAAAUUCUAGGUGAUACAGUGUUUAUUAUAUAUUGUAUUGAUUAAACAUAGGUAUCACAGAAUUAGAUAGUUUAUGCUAAUUGAACCCAUUAAAGGAUAAUUAGUUUUUGAGGCAGUGCAGAGUUCACAAAGGAAACUGAAAUUAAGACAUGUUAUGAAGGCAGAAACUAUGGCAAAACUUAAUACAUUUGAGUAUGAAUUAUGUUUAUGUAGAUUAAAAUAAUUAUUUCUUAAGCUUCUUGAGUGUUUUUCUUUCUUGGUAUUAAUGGACUUGAAAAGUUUGCAGAAGUACAGUUUUAGUUAAUAGUAUUUCUCAAGUCUAUUACCCUUAACAAAUAAAUAACUAUUAGAUGUAGUUAGUGUAAUUAUUAAAUGGUUUAGCUGUGUUACGUAUAAAGACAGAAAAAUUGGCAGCCAGCUUUUAUGACACUAAAAUACCAUGGCAAGAAAUUUUUUCAGUGGAGAUUGGACCCAAACGAAAUACAUAUUUCUAGUACUUGGGGUUGUAUUUAAAUUUUUUUAACUUUUCAUAAUUUUGGAACCUGAUUUCAUUUAGAGACAUGAAAUCUAGAGUAAGGAUUGAUAAUUGAUUUGAUUUGAGAUAAUGAUUACUAGGCCCUUUACUGAUCAUUGCUGCUUGAGGUUUUUCCCCCUAAGCAAUAUGUGACAUGUACCCUUAAACUAUUAUUUAAAGCAAGAGUAUUCAUGUAAGAGUUAGUUACAAACCACUCACCUUUGUAUAUAAUGUAUUAUCUAUACAUUAUAUACUCACAAUUUAUGUAUUUAGUCUGGUUAUACUAGGGACCAUUCUAUUUCCUUUGUUAUUCCUAUGAACCUCUGAAUUUGUUGCAUAAAUAAAAAUCUAAAUAUAAACAAUUAUCUUAGACUCAUACAUACAGUUAAAAUUAAGUAGAAUGAGUUUUAAUUAUCAAUCUGGGUCAAAAUGCUGGUUAACUUUAUUCAGUUGUUGCUCUAGAAAAGCUUCAUCUAUCUUAGUGUAUUCAUAGUAAUUACUAUAGCAAAAUAAAGCUAGGUUUAUUGUACACUUGAUAACUAAUCUUAUGGGUCAGUCAACAUUUUAGGGAAACUUAAAAUAACAUUUUUCUUGCUUGGCACGUUCACUAAUAUAAAGGAAGAAAAGUGCUGAGAAUUUGAACUUUUAUUUUUAACCUCUUAUUUUCAUAUAAUUUUAGAUUUACAGAAGUUGCAAAAAAGUACAGUUUUUUUUUAUGUCCUAUAUUAAUUUUCCCCAACUGCUAAAAUCUUACAUAUCAUUAGAACAUUUACAAAACUAAGAAUUAGCCUUGGCACAGUACCAUCAACUAACGUUGAACAUUAGUUUUGAUUAUUUGCUUUUAGUAGAACACGAUUUUCUGAGUAGCUCUUGAGACCUAGUAUUUUGAUAGUAAUUAAAACCAGCAAUUUAUGAGCCAUUAAAAAUAUAAAUUGAAAUCAACCUAUCAUAGACAAACAUUGUAACCAAAUAUUAGCAAAGUACUACAGUGAUCUAUUUUAUUAAAAUUUAUAUUUUAUGCCAGAGAUUUUAAUUCUUACUAAGUAAAACUUGUUUGGUUUUCUUUAGACAGUUCUUUAGCGAUCUAAGGGUGAACAGACCCUUAAAGAGCUCUUGCCAAUAUCUUAAGAUGACUGGGUUAUUGCUCUACCACCCCUUGCUUUGGGAAAAAAAAUCAUUACCCAGAUUGAAAAUUACGUUAUACAUACACCUGUAAUAAAUAAAUUAACAGAAAAUCUUGAAAGUGAAAAUUCCCUGGUGGUCCAGUGGUUUGGGCUCUGUGUUUCUACUGCAGGGGACGGGUAUGGAGUAAAGAAAAAAAGGAUUAAAAGCUCACUUUAUGAGGUCCAUAACCUUUCUUUUUCUUUGUAAUGGCCAGGUACUUUUUAUUAUCAGAAAGUUAAGGAAUUUUCUGGUUUGUUUCAUUCAAAUUAUUUUGACCUGGUAUUCACUUUUGAUACUUAUUUUUAUUCUUUUGCUUAUGUUAUAAUUCUGUAGCCUCAGUUCUGUAAUGCAAACUAAGUCCUACCUUGUUUCUAAGUUCUGUUGGAAACUUUGUUUCUAACUAAGUUUCUAAGUUUCAUUUCUUUUGUUUUUUGGGUAGCUGGGAAGUUGGUGUUUUACUUGAUUGCUUCCUUUCUGCCCAAAUCUUUUACAAGUUAAACUCCUCUGGAGUUGUUGCGUGGCUUGGUUUUUUUUUUUUUUAAGUACAGAUGCAUGGUGCUUUAUACUUUAUACCUUUGACAUUAUCUCUAAAAUACUAGACUUGCAAAGGUUGCUUGUUUUGUUUUUGUUUUUGUUUUUUUUUGCAUAGUUUGAUUUUACUUCUUUAAGUUUUUAUAUAGCUCUUAGUUGUGAAGAAUUCCAUUAAAAAGUUACUUUUAAAGAGCAUGGUUUUAUUAAAUGCCAAUUAAUGCCUUUUCUUAUUUUUCCAAUUUAGUAGGCCACCUUUAAUGUCUACUUAAGUGAAAACUUCCAGCCUUAAACAUUUUUAUGUUGCUUAAAAAUUAUGUGGCAAAAUAAUUUUAUUUGCUAAUCCUUUUUGACUCAGCAGAUAACAGUGUCCAGAUGAUUGUGUUGUUAAAUUAUGCUUUUAAGACUGCUAAGAAAGAUUAAGCCUGGGAGAGGGAAUUAUCAUUCUGUCAAAAUGCUUAUUACUCCCUGAACCUGUAAUACUUUCUCUUCCAAAAAUGAGAUUAGAUGAGUGUAUUAAUGUUUUUUUUAAAACACUCAUCCUUCAUGUUGCUCAUUUCAGUUUAGAGUUCCAUAUUUAUUAAUUAUUUAUUUGUGUGAUUGAUUUGUUAAUGUUUGUAUCCUCUUAUAGACCACAUAUAGCCUUGACUGUGUCUAGGCCAACCAUCAUACUCCUGUUUUCUAGUGUAGUACUUGGCAUGUUGGCUGGCUCUUACAAACAUCAAGGCAUGCAGCGCUUGUUACGGGCCAGUCUAAGGACUUAUGAAUACGGGCUUAAUCCUCAUGACACCCUGUGAGGUAUAUUCUCUUGUUACAGGCAAGGAAACUGAUUUAUGGCACAAGUUUAAUAACUUGCCCAGUGGCAAAACUAGUGAGUUGUGGAAUAGAGAUUUCAAACUCAGGCACCUGGCUUUGUGUUCUGUGCUCCUGACUGUUUUAUGCUGCUUGUGUCUGUCAGUUGAAUUAAUGGGUUCCAUGAAGCAUUGGCAUAUACUGCAUGGAAAACUAGUACCAUUGUGUUUAGUUACCAGGAAAAAUCUUACUUUUUCAUAUGUUUUGUUAGAAAAUAAAUUUAUAAAAUAAA